AUGUUCAAUGAUCCCAUAGCCGAUCUUCACUUGGACUUCAGAAAGAUGCAACAACAAAAACCAGCACCAACAACGGCAGCAACAACGAGGUUACACAGCAAGAGCAAACGGGCUUACAUAUCAGCACAUUGGAAUUUUACGGGACACGCAUUGCUGGCAACACACGCAGCAGUGGCUGCAGAGGUGACAACAACAUUUAAGCAAACAACAAAAACGAGAUCAAUUGGGGUGGAGACACGUGACACGAGCAUUUCGGUUAAAGCAAAGGAACAGUUUCGCGGUCCAGUAGUAGGAGCGGUGGUGGAAGCAGCAACUGCAGCGGCAACAACAACAACGAAAACAAUAACAACAAAAACCUGUCAUUACGUCAAUACAUUCCAUUUGGGCGGUUGUAAAGCGAAACGAAAUCAAUCCCGAAACUGUAAUCGUGAAACUUUUAAUUUCACCCACGCGCUUGUCAGUGCUCUGCUGCUCCUCUGCUGUCUUGCGUCAAAUAGUUUCGUAACAGCAGCGGCUUUGCCGAAAGUUUCCACUGCAAGUGGCAAUGACGUGCGAGUCGCUGUUGCUGUCGGUGGUAUCGGUGUCGUUAAUGGUUUAGCUAACCGUAAAGCGGGUGUGAACACCAACAACAGCGUGGACCCCUGCGCUUUUAAGACACUACGAAAUGUUGACUGCCAUGCAACGCUUCCCCACGGCGAUGACUACAAUAUCAAUGGCAAUGCUUAUCAUGUACAACAACCCAUUAUCGAAACUACAGUCGCGCUUCAACUCAUACCAACUGCAACGCUUUUCGACACCACAACUACCAUUAAAUCUGUUGCCACCGCCAGUGAAAACAGCGAAACCGUGGCGAGCGACACCAUCGCUCCACUGCUCAUCGAUGGCGCCAGCACCACUGCCAAUGUGUCCGCCGUGCAGGAGAUUGUCGAAGUGCCACAGAUUCCCUCUUAUAUACGCAACACAGCUAUGUGCUUUUGCAUAGCAAUCAUGACGCUGGGUGUUAUUGGCAACAUUAUGGUGCCAAUUGUUAUUGUGAAAACCAAAGAUAUGCGCAACUCCACCAAUAUAUUUCUUACAAAUCUCAGCAUUGCCGAUCUAUUGGUGCUGCUGGUGUGCACGCCAACCGUAUUAGUCGAGGUAAAUACGCCACCGGAGACCUGGGUGCUGGGCCAUGAAAUGUGCAAAGCAGUGCCAUUUGUUGAGCUAACAGUCGCGCAUGCCAGCGUGCUGACAAUUUUGGCCAUCUCAUUCGAGCGCUACUAUGCCAUAUGUGAGCCGCUGAAAGCCGGUUAUGUGUGCACCAAGGCGCGUGCCAUACUUAUUUGCAUUUUGGCGUGGGGAAUUGCGGCUGUAUUUACCAGUCCUAUUAUUUGGGUUGCUGAGUACAAAUUCGUCGAAUACAUUGAUGGAUCAUCGGUGGCGGUCUGUUUGACGCAAGCGACAACCAAUUGGACUGUCGGAUACUUUUUGAUGACAAUAAUCGUAUUCUUCAUACUACCCCUACUGAUCCUUAUGGUACUGUACGCCAUUAUAGCAAAGAAUCUAAUAUCCAGCAAUGGUCCAAUGAUGCGUGUAAGACCAUCGAAACCAGAGUUGAGCUUAAAGGCGCGCAAACAAGUCGUACUUAUGCUGGGCGCUGUCGUUUUAUCCUUUUUUCUUUGCCUGCUGCCCUUUCGUCUACUCACCAUGUGGAUCAUAUUAAGUUCGGAGCAGACCUUCUUCGAGAUUGGCGUCGAUCGUUACUACAGUCUAUUGUAUUUCUGUCGUAUCAUGUUCUACUUGAACUCAGGCAUCAAUCCAAUUCUGUACAAUCUGAUGUCGACAAAGUUUCGUAAAGGAUUUUUGCGGCUCAUUUUAAGCACAUGGCAGAGCUCCGUCUCAUCAAUAACCUGCGGACGCUAUAAACGCAUACGUGCACGUACCGGCACCAUUACUGGUAUGGCAACCAACACCAACACGAACACCUCGAAUACCGCCAGCAGCCAUGCGACCACAUCCAGUAUACUCUCACGUCAAUCUAACCGCCGUUACAGUGACGACAUGGUCAACACUAAUUCCAGUACGCGCACCGUUACAAAGACACAAAUACAAAUACAAAUGCACAUACCGUGCGGUCCGGACAAUGAGAUGUUGGCGAUGUUGCAGAGCAGUGUAACAACCAAGCUUGGGAACGAAGUGCAACGCAAUGAUAAAAAUGUGUGUGCGAGCGAUAGACGAAAGUCCACAGCGAAGUGUCAUAAAAUGCAGUCUGCAAUGCGUUCUCGAAGCGAGUCGGCGCCGACCGGCACUAGUAGACGUUCGGUGCAUGUUAGUUUCGAUGACGAAGAGGCUCAAGCUCCGGAAGAGGUUGUUACUCUAACGUGAUGCGGUUGAAAAUAAAAAAAGAGGCUAUUUCAGAACGCGCAGUUGCGAGCAAAUACCUAUUACAGUAAUAUAAUAUUAACAGUUAUUUGUAGGCAUCCGAAUGGUUGCAAGUGGUGUGUAGUUGGCUGUGGUAUUGUGUAUUCAACAUAGUUACAUAUAUCUGUAUCUUCUUAAAGAAAUUGUAAAGUGUCUAAUAGUAAGAGUAAUAAAGUUAUUUUAUAUUGUAAAAGAUUUUAUAUUAGCCAAUUUCAAGCAUAAACAGUUAGAAUAAGCACAGUUGAAUGCAAUUUUUGCUGAAUAUAUUAUUUUUUUGUUAAAGUGAAGGAUACAAAAUAAAUAAAAUUAUAAAGGUUAGAGUUUUUAUAUAAAAAAAAAGAUAAGAUUAAAAAAGUAAACUCUUUUUUAUACUAAAAUCAAAACGAAUCCGCAAAUGUGUUAUACAUUUGAGUCUGUAACCUGAUCAACGUAUAUUAAGUCUGCUACGAAGUUUGUAACGCCUAGAAGGAAACGUCGGAAACGACAUGAACUAUAUACAUAUAUAAAUGAUCUGCAUGACGAGCUGAGUCGAUUUGACCAAUGUCCGUCUAUAUAUACGGGAAAUAGUCUCUUGGUUUUUGAGAUAUCGCUCUGAAAACUUUGCUUGUUUUUCAUUUUCUCCCCAAGAAUUUACCAUAACCGGUUAUAUUGGACCUCUUUAGCAUAUAGCUGCCAUACAAACUGAUCGAUCAACAUUAAGAUGAAGAUCUUCAUAAAAUAUACAGAAAAAUGAAAAUAUUAACGAAAUAAAUAGUAUCCUAUAUGUGCUAUCGGCAAAAAAAGCUUUAAUAAAUCGCAAAAUUGUAUACAAAUAAUAUAUAUUUAUGUAUGUACCAAAUAAAUAUAAAACACCGUGAUAUAUGUUAAUAAAAAAACGAAAAAAAUAUAAUUAAAUGAAAGUAAUAAUAUGUAUACAUGUGUUAGUAUAAUUUAAAAUAUAUUUAAAUAAAAACUAAUCUUAUUUGUGUAAUAUACGAGGAAAAAACUUAGUGUUAACUCAUAUAAAUCAUAAGUACAUAAACUAUCAUAUAUAAUAUUAAACUGAGUGCACAGUGAGCGUUAAACAAACAUGCGAAACCAAAUAUUUUAAAGUACGAUUAUAUGAUAAAAUCACCUUCUACUCAUUUGCGGUGGGUAAAAAAAAUAAUAUUUUAUAUGAAUAUCUCUCUAUGAGACCUUGAUUGUUUUGGGAAAGUCCUUGACCUUAAAGUUUUCUAAAUCUUCUUAUUAUCAAGUAGAAAAAUUCAUAUCUCGCGUCAAAAAAAAAAAUGCGUCGUUUCAUAGAUUUUGUACGAAAUAAAAAAAUAUCAACUAUCUGAUGAUAAGAGAAAAUAUAUAAGCAAGAGGGAGGACUUGGAGACAUUUUUUUAAAGAUGAAGCUUUCCGUUACAUUUAAUAGUUCAUAGUUGGAUACACUUUCUUAGAGAUGUCUAAAAACCUAUUUUCAGAGUACCAAGCGAAAAAAAUAUUCGGUUUUCUGACCCACCGUAAUAUACAGGCAUGUUAAUAUUUGUAUAACCUUAAAAUAUUUUCACUCUAUACAUUUUGUACUUAAGAAAACUAUAUAACAUAUAUAUACAUACUUAAAAAUAAUCUAAGUGGAGAUAGCACGAUAUGUAGCUGUUAAGAAAUUUGUUGUUUUGAUGUUAUUUGCUCACAGUACUAUUAGUAAUUAAUAUGGGUCAAAAUGUAUGUUUCCAAACACAAUAAUGCCGCAAUCAUACAAUUUCAAUGAAGAAAUGCCUUGAAUUAAAAAAAAAUUAGUAUUGAAGGUUUUUGUUGGACAUUUUGAAUUCUUUAAUACUUUAAAAAUGAAUUUUUACAAAAUAAUCCGAUUUUACAUUCCAUUUUCUAUCAAAAAUAUCGAAGAGAUAGUCGCUUAACAGAUUGCUCAAACCUCAAACUCAUCAAUAGUCUGAAAUAACUUUCGAUAAGUACUUUAAAAUGUUAAAUUAAAUAUUUCUAUUUUAUACAUAUGUCAAAUAUAAUCCACUUGCUCACACAAAUCAAAUAACCAAAAAUCUAUUCGCUAAACAUAUUAACUAAUUAAGAAAUAUCUACAAUAUCUGUCUGUGUUGAUAAUCAAAAAUUAAUUAAAAGGUAAUCAAAACAUAACCAUCAUUUUCGUGUAACAGUACAUUAAGUAGUAUUCCGUUGCAAGUUUAGAAAUAUUAUAGAUGUACAUACAUAUGUCUAGAUACUUAAAACAAUUAUUAAAACAAAUAAUGAAGCACAAAUAUAUAAAAAUAAAAUAAUUUAUGUUAGUGUGCAUAUACUAAAAUACAUACAUACAUAUAUACAUGUGAUUAAUAUUUAUACGAAAAUAUUUUAUUAAAAAAAAAAUAAAGAUGUGAAAGUCAGCCUGAUUAAAAUGUGCAUAUUCUUCAACUGGUACAUAAGUUUGUAGAAAAAAUUGUGGCCUUUCGCUACAUUAAGUCAGUUAAUGUUCUGUUUUUGUACUCUUUUCUCUGAACAAUUUUCGGCCCCUUUUUCUAUCUUCCCUCCUCAAAUGAACAACCCUACAUACAUAUAUUAUUAAAUAAUUAUGACUACUCUCUACCACAUUUAUCUGUAUGUGUUUGCUGAUACUUUGACUUUUUCCUACCAUAUUUCUCAAUUUGGUCUUUAGGGAUAAUCGAUUUGUGUUCCCAAAAAUUCUAUGCGCCAAUUUCUUCAUUUCAUUUGUUUCCAUUUACGUCUAAUCCAUUACCACGCCAUCCAUCUCAUAAAGCUCAGGUAUUUUUGUAUAUAUUUUGUGCAUGCUUUGUAACAUUCACUUUUUACUUCCUGCACGCUUAGCUACAUUUUUCCCAGCACCGCCUGGUUUCAUAUAAAAUAUCAUUAUGAAC